AGUAAAUAGUCGCUAGAGGGUGUACAAUCCCGCAGAUGGUGCUUUGAUUUAUUCAUGCUUUUUUGCUGGGCGGUAUCUAUGUAGCGCUUGCAAACUGGCAGAUUAAAAGGGAAUUCGUUCCACUAUCGACAUUAAGACAAGCAAACACGAUUUGAUGGACUCCAGCAGUAAAGACAGGAGAGACCGCAAUCCUAACCAUGUCCUCCAGUAUGAUGAAGCACAGUACACAGUAAGCUAUGCUCAUAGGAGAAGCUCUGAAGAGACAGAUUAUGAUAAACAUGAGGACUUCAACAGAAAGAGGCAUUCAGUAAGCAGGUCUGGCAACAGUGCAGGCAGAGUGAAGAGGGUGGUGUCGUGUAAAAGGAAGACCCAUCACCUGACUGUAGCUCGUAGAAAGCAGCUCGGACCCGGGAGAGGUUUUGAUGCAGCAAACAAGGAAAAUGAUAUGAAAUGCUCACAAGCCACACAACAAGAAACAUACUUUAAUGAUCCAUCAGACGUGUCAACAAAUGUCAAUAACAACUACAAAACCAGUGGAACUGGUUCUGAACAGUCUGACUACUAUACACUCAUUGAGCUCAGAAAGGAUCACAGCACAAUGUCUGAUGUUUUGUUUGGAAGAAAUCUGAGACUUAAGGUGGCUUUAACAUUGUGGAGGAGGAAUGUUGGGGAACUGUUGACAUAUUUUCUAAAAAUCCAGGACAUUGGUGUGAUUGUUGAUUUUUUGCCAAUUAUUUGCAUGUGUAUUGAUGAGGACUCUCCCAGGAUUAACAUUGGCUGUUGUGUUGACCUCUUUCCUUUGGUUAGAAAAGUCCUCAGUACUCCCUAUGAAGAGUAUCUGAUUGUUGGUUUUAAAUGGAUAUGUUCCGUUUUAAAGAACUGGUGGGUAGAACUACAAACAAGUGGUUACAAUGGAUCAACUCAACCUCUGCUGGAUGAAAAUUUUCAGGUUUUUAACCAGCAACUUUGGGAAUUAUGGCAACAGGAACCUCUUUUAAAAUCUGUCACAGGUCAGGCAGAAAACAUGGCCAAAGUUGUUGAGUCUUAUCUCUUUCAACUUCGUUGACACCAAGAAGGAUCAAAAUAACUUAAUGAAGUAAUGAGAAGAGACCUAAUAGCUUUUAUUCUCUUAAAUUAAAAUCUUUUCAAUUGCAUUGCAGAUUUGCUGUACUGUAUUACUAAGAUUUCAGAGCAACAAUGAAGGUACACUAAGGUACAAAAUCAUUCUAAAAGUAGGCAAAUGUCGAUUGUAUUGUUUCUGUUUAAGUGCCAUGGUGAAAAAAAUAAAAAUGACUGAAUUUUG